AUGAAUUCAACAAUAGAAUAUCAGCCAAGUUGGCUAGAGACACAGUGGGAGGAUCUCUACCGAGACCGCAAUGCAUUAGUUGUCACAGGUAUCAUUGCCUUCACUAUGCAUGAACUUGUCUAUUUUGGUCGUUUUCUUCCUUUUCUCGCUUGUGAUUACAUACCUUAUUUCAAGCAAUACAAGAUUCAACCUGAUAAAGUAAACUCGCCUCAAGAAGUGUGGAAAUGUACAAAACUGGUGCUAUAUCAGCAUUUUCUCUAUGAAGGCCCUCUUAUUUUCUUGUUUCAUCCUAUGGCAACUAUGUUGGGUAUGAAUGUGUCUGCACCUUUCCCCGAAUGGAAAUACAUCAUGAUUCAAAUUGCCAUCUUUUUCGUGUUUGAAGAUGCCUAUCAUUAUGCUGUUCAUCGAUUGAUGCAUUGGCCACCACUCUAUAAAAAGAUUCAUAAAGUACAUCAUGAAUACGCUGCUCCUUUUGGUAUUGCUGCUGAAUAUGCACAUCCUCUUGAAACAUCCAUCUUAGGUCUUGGAACUAUUGGUGGUCCACUUUUAUAUCAUGUUAUUGAAAAGUAUUACUAUCAAGGCAAUCGAAAUUGGCAGCUUCAUUUGUUUACCAUGCUUUUAUGGAUCGUAUGUCGUCUCUUCCAAGCCAUUGAUGCUCAUUCAGGCUAUGACUUUCCUUGGUCUCUUCGCCAUUUUAUUCCUUUCUGGGCAGGAGCUGAUCAUCAUGAUUAUCAUCAUGAAAAGUUUGUUGAUAAUUUCUCUUCUACUUUCCGUUGGUGGGACUAUAUUUUCGGCACUGAUAAAAGAUACCGUGCUCAUCGUCAACGUCAAGCAGAACAAAAGCAUCUUUUAGAAAAGAAGGGAAUGUAA